AUGCCGACUCCUGACCACCAGGCUGUCAGCCACUUUAUCGGCGGCAACCCGCUCGAGACCGCUCCCGCCGGUGCUGUCGCUGACUUUAUCCGCAAGCAGGGCGGUCACAGCGUCAUCACCAAGGUGCUCAUCUGCAACAACGGUAUCGCCGCCGUCAAGGAGAUCCGCUCCAUCCGCAAGUGGGCCUACGAGACCUUUGGCGAUGAGCGCGCCAUCGAAUUCACCGUCAUGGCCACCCCCGAAGAUCUCAAGGUCAACGCCGACUACAUCCGCAUGGCCGACCAGUACGUCGAGGUGCCCGGUGGAUCCAACAACAACAACUACGCCAACGUCGACCUUAUCGUCGAUGUCGCCGAGCGCGCCGGCGUCCACGCCGUCUGGGCCGGUUGGGGUCACGCUUCCGAGAACCCGCGUCUGCCCGAGAUGCUUGCCGCUUCCAAGCACAAGAUCAUCUUCAUCGGCCCUCCCGGCUCUGCCAUGCGAUCGCUUGGUGACAAGAUUUCCUCCACCAUCGUCGCCCAGCACGCCGACGUGCCCUGCAUGCCCUGGUCCGGUACCGGCAUCAAGGAGACCAUGAUGAGCGAGCAGGGAUUCCUCACCGUCUCGGACGACGUCUACCAGAAGGCGUGCAUCCACACCGCCGAGGAGGGCCUCGAGAAGGCGGAGAAGAUCGGCUUCCCCGUCAUGAUCAAGGCCUCCGAGGGAGGCGGAGGAAAGGGUAUCCGCAAGUGCACCAACGGCGAAGAGUUCAAGCAGCUCUACAACGCCGUCCUUGGUGAGGUGCCCGGCUCGCCCGUCUUCGUCAUGAAGCUCGCCGGCCAGGCCCGCCACCUCGAGGUCCAGCUGCUCGCCGACCAGUACGGCAAUGCCAUCAGCAUCUUCGGCCGUGACUGCUCCGUCCAACGUCGUCACCAGAAGAUCAUCGAGGAGGCCCCCGUCACCAUCGCCCCCGAGGAUGCUCGCGAGGCCAUGGAGAAGGCCGCCGUGCGUCUCGCAAAGCUCGUCGGCUACGUCUCCGCCGGUACCGUCGAGUGGCUCUACUCCCCUGAGUCCGGCGAGUUCUCCUUCCUCGAGCUCAACCCUCGUCUCCAGGUCGAGCACCCCACCACCGAGAUGGUCUCGGGCGUCAACAUCCCUGCCGCCCAGCUCCAGGUCGCCAUGGGUAUCCCUCUCUACUCGAUCCGAGACAUCCGAACCCUCUACGGCAUGGACCCUCGCGGCAACGAGGUCAUUGACUUUGACUUCUCCAGCGCCGAGUCCUUCAAGACCCAGCGCAAGCCCCAGCCCCAGGGCCACGUCGUCGCCUGCCGUAUCACCGCCGAGAACCCCGACACUGGUUUCAAGCCCGGCAUGGGCGCGCUCACCGAGCUCAACUUCCGCUCCAGCACCUCCACCUGGGGUUACUUCUCCGUCGGCACCAGCGGUGCCCUCCACGAGUACGCCGACUCGCAGUUCGGUCACAUCUUCGCCUACGGCGCCGACCGUUCCGAGGCGCGCAAGCAGAUGGUCAUCUCGCUCAAGGAGCUCUCGAUUCGCGGUGACUUCCGCACCACCGUCGAGUACCUCAUCAAGCUGCUCGAGACCGACGCCUUCGAGUCCAACAAGAUCACCACCGGCUGGCUCGACGGCCUCAUCCAGGACCGCCUCACCGCCGAGCGUCCCCCCGCCGACCUCGCCGUCAUCUGCGGCGCGGCUGUCAAGGCGCACCUCCUGGCGCGCGAGUGCGAGGACGAGUACAAGCGCAUCCUCAACAAGGGUCAGGUGCCUCCCCGUGACACGAUCAAGACCGUCUUCUCCAUCGACUUCAUCUACGAGAACGUCAAGUACAACUUCACCGCCACCCGCAGCUCCGUCUCCAGCUGGGUGCUCUACCUCAACGGUGGGCGCACGCUGGUGCAGCUCCGUCCCCUCACCGACGGCGGUCUGCUCAUCGGUCUUUCCGGCAAGUCGCACCCCGUCUACUGGCGUGAGGAGGUCGGCAUGACCCGCCUCAUGGUCGACUCCAAGACCUGCCUCAUCGAGCAGGAGAACGACCCCACCCAGAUCCGCUCGCCUUCGCCCGGUAAGCUCGUCCGCUUCCUCGUCGACUCGGGCGACCACGUCAAGUCGGGUCAGGCUAUCGCCGAGAUCGAGGUCAUGAAGAUGUACCUCCCCCUCGUUGCCGCCGAGGACGGUGUCGUCUCCUUCGUCAAGACCGCCGGUGUGGCGCUCAGCGCCGGUGACAUCAUCGGUAUCCUCUCGCUCGACGACCCCAGCCGUGUGCAGCACGCCAAGCCCUUCGCCGGUCAGCUGCCUGACUUCGGCCUGCCGAUCAUCAUCGGCAACAAGCCCCACCAGCGCUACUCGUACCUCCUCGAGGUGCUCAACGACAUCCUCGACGGUUACGACCAGAGCUUCCGCAUGCAGGUCGUCAUCAAGGAGCUCAUCGAGACGCUCCGCAACCCCGAGCUGCCCUACGGCCAGGCCUCUCAGAUCCUGUCCAGCUUAGGCGGCCGUAUCCCCUCGCGUCUCGAGGAUGUGGUGCGCAACACCAUCGAGAUGGGCCACUCCAAGCACAUCGAGUUCCCCGCUGCCCGUCUGCGCAAGCUUACCGAGAACUUCCUGCGUGACAGCGUCGACCCUGCCAUCCGCAACCAGGUGCAGAUCACCAUUGCUCCGCUCUGCCAGCUCUUUGAUGAGUACGCCGGCGGUCUCAAGGCCCACGAGGGCAACGUGCUCGCCUCUUUCCUCCAGAGGUAUUACGAGAUCGAGUCCAAGUUUACUGGCGAGGCCGACGUGGUGCUCGAGCUCCGUCUGCAGGCCGAUGGCGACCUGGACAAGGUCGUCGCCCUCCAGACUGCGCGCAACGGCAUCAACCGCAAGAACGCCCUGCUGCUCACCCUGAUGGACAAGCACAUCAAGGGCACCUCGCUCGUCUCGCGAACCAGCGGCGCCCAGAUGAUUGAGGCUCUGCGCCAGCUAGCCUCGCUCCAGGGCAAGUCGACUGCCCCCGUCGCGCUCAAGGCCCGCGAGGUCUCGCUCGACGCCGACAUGCCCAGCCUUGCCGACCGUUCUGCCCAGAUGCAGGCCAUCCUCCGCGGCUCCGUCACCUCGUCCAAGUACGGUGGUGACGACGAGUACCACGCGCCCUCGCUCGAGGUGCUGCGCGAGCUCAGCGACUCGCAGUACAGCGUGUACGACGUGCUGCACAGCUUCUUCGGCCACCGCGAGCACCAUGUCGCAUUUGCUGCGCUGUGCACCUACGUCGUGCGCGCCUACCGCGCCUACGAGAUCGUCAACUUUGACUACGCCGUCGAGGACUUUGACGUCGAGGAGCGUGCCGUGCUCACCUGGCAGUUCCAGCUUCCUCGCAGCGCUUCUUCGCUCAAGGAGCGUGAGCGCCAGGUGUCCAUCAGCGAUCUCAACAUGAUGGACAACAAGAAGGUCCGCGCGGCUCCCGAGCUCCGCACGGGUGCCAUGACCAGCUGCCCCGAUGUGGGUGACAUCCCCGACCUGCUGCCCAAGGUGCUCAAGUUCUUCAAGACCUCGGCCGGCGGUGCGCCUAUCAACGUGCUCAACGUCGCCGUCGUCGACCAGGGCGACUUUGUCGACGCCGAGGUGCGAAGCAAGCUCGCCGAGUACACCAACGCCUGCAGCAAGGACUUCGCCUCGGCUCGCAUCCGCCGUGUCACCUACCUGCUCUGCCAGCCGGGCAUGUACCCCUUCUUUGCCACCUUCCGCCCGAGCGAGCAGGGCAUCUGGGCCGAGGAGAAGGCGAUUCGCAACAUCGAACCCGCGCUGGCCUACCAGCUGGAGCUCGACAGGGUCAGCAAGAACUUCGAGCUCACCCCGGUGCCUGUGUCGUCGUCGACCAUCCACCUCUACUUUGCCCGCGGUAUCCAGAACUCGGCCGACACGCGCUUCUUUGUGCGCUCGCUCGUCCGUCCGGGCCGCGUGCAGGGCGACAUGGCCGCCUACCUCAUCUCGGAGUCGGACCGCAUCGUCAACGACAUUCUCAACGUCAUCGAGGUGGCUCUGGGCCAGCCCGAGUACCGCACUGCCGAUGCGUCGCACAUCUUCAUGUCGUUCAUCUACCAGCUCGACGUGAGCCUCGAGGAUGUGCAGAAGGCGAUCGCCGGAUUCCUCGAGCGUCACGGCACGCGCUUCUUCCGCCUGCGCAUCACCGGUGCCGAGAUCCGCAUGAUUCUCAGCAGCCCUAACGGCGAGCCUCGCCCCAUCCGCGCCUUCGUCACCAACGAGACCGGUCUUGUCGUGCGCUACGAGACGUACGAGGAGGAGGUCGCCGCCGACGGAUCGGUCGUGCUGCGUGGCAUCGAGCCGCUGGGCAAGGAGGCGACGCUCAACGGCCAGAGCGCCCACUUCUCCUACACGACCAAGGUCGCCCUGCAGUCGCGCCGAUCGCGCGCUCACGCUCUGCAGACGACGUUCGUGUACGACUUUAUCGACGUGCUCGGACAGGCUGUGCGUGCCUCGUGGAGGAAGGUCGCUGCCAGCAAGAUCCCCAGCGACGUGAUCAAGUCGGCCGUCGAGCUUGUCUUUGAUGAGCAGGAGAACCUGCGCGAGGUCAAGCGCGCGCCCGGCAUGAACAACAUUGGCAUGGUCGCCUGGCUCGUCGAGGUGGUCACGCCCGAGUACCCGACGGGACGCAAGCUCGUGGUGAUCGGAAACGACGUCACCAUCCAGGCCGGUUCGUUCGGCCCCGUCGAGGACCGCUUCUUCGCGGCCGCCUCGAAGCUGGCGCGUGAGCUCGGCGUGCCUCGCCUCUACGUCUCGGCCAACUCCGGUGCGCGUAUCGGCCUGGCCACCGAGGCUCUGGACCUGUUCAGGGUCAAGUUCAUCGGCGACGACCCGGCCAAGGGCUUCGAGUACAUCUACUUGGACGACGAGUCGCUGCACGCCGUCCAGGCCAAGGCUCCCGGCAGCGUUGUGACCAAGCCUGUGCAGGCCGCCGACGGCAGCGUGCACAACGUGAUCAGCGACAUCAUCGGCAAGCCUCAGGACGGCCUGGGUGUCGAGUGUCUCUCGGGCAGUGGUCUCAUUGCCGGCGAGACGAGCCGCGCCAGGGACCAGAUCUUCACGGCGACGAUCGUCACGGGCCGCAGUGUGGGUAUCGGUGCCUACCUCGCGCGCCUGGGCGAGCGUGUGAUCCAGGUGGAGGGCUCGCCGCUCAUCCUGACGGGUUACCAGGCGCUCAACAAGCUGCUUGGACGCGAGGUUUACACGUCGAACCUGCAGCUCGGUGGCCCGCAGAUCAUGUACAAGAACGGUGUGUCGCACCUGACGGCGCAGGACGACCUGGACGCCGUCAAGGCGUUUGUCAACUGGAUGUCGUACGUGCCUGCGCAGCGCGGCGGCCCGCUGCCCAUCAUGCCCACCGCCGACACGUGGGACCGUGCCGUGACCUACCAGCCUCCUCGUGGUCCGUACGACCCGCGCUGGCUGAUCAACGGCAAGCGCGAGGACGACGGCACCAAGCUCACCGGUCUCUUUGACGAGGGCUCGUUUGUCGAGACGCUCGGCGGCUGGGCCACUUCGGUGGUCACGGGUCGCGCGCGUCUGGGCGGCAUCCCCGUCGGUGUGAUCGCGGUGGAGACGCGCACGCUGGAGCGUGUGGUGCCUGCCGACCCUGCGAACCCGAACUCGACGGAGCAGCGCAUCAUGGAGGCGGGCCAGGUGUGGUACCCGAACUCGGCGUACAAGACGGCGCAGGCCAUCUGGGACUUUGACAAGGAGGGCCUGCCGCUCGUCAUCCUGGCCAACUGGCGAGGCUUCUCGGGCGGACAGCAAGACAUGUACGACGAGAUCCUCAAGCAGGGCUCCAAGAUUGUCGACGGUCUGUCUUCGUACAAGCAGCCCGUGUUUGUGCACAUUCCGCCCAUGGGCGAGCUGCGUGGUGGCUCGUGGGUUGUGGUGGACUCGGCGAUCAACGACAACGGGCUGAUCGAGAUGUCGGCCGACGUGAACAGCGCGCGCGGCGGUGUGCUCGAGGCGUCGGGUCUGGUCGAGAUCAAGUACCGUGCGGACAAGCAGCGCGCGACCAUGGAGCGUCUCGACAGCGUGUACGCCAAGCUCAGCAAGGAGGCUGCCGAGGCGACGGACUUUACGGCGCAGACGACGGCGCGCAAGGCGCUCGCCGAGCGCGAGAAGCAGCUGGCGCCCAUCUUUACGGCGAUCGCGACCGAGUAUGCGGAUGCGCACGACCGUGCGGGCCGCAUGCUUGCCACGGGCGUGCUGAGGUCGGCGCUGCCGUGGGAGAGCGCGCGACGAUACUUCUACUGGCGUCUGAGGAGGAGGAUCACCGAGGUGGCGGCCGAGCGCACGAUUGCCGAGGCCAACCCGCUGCUCAAGCACGUCGAGCGCGUGGCGGCGCUGCGCCAGUUUGUGGGUGCGGCGGCUUCGGACAACGACAAGGAGGUGGCGGAGCACAUGGAGGCGGCGGCCGGUCAGCUGCUCACGGCGACCAAGCAGCUCAAGGCGCAGUACAUCCUGGCGCAGAUCUCGACGCUCGACCCCGAGCUCAAGGCGCAGCUCGCCGCGUCGCUGCAGUAG